AUGUCUCCCUACACCGUGUUGGUCCUUUGCAUCCAGAUUUGUCUGAUUCAGUCGGUGUUCAGCCAGGUCUGCUGCGGCUCCAAAGGCUACAGCUCUGGCUCUUACGGCAUCAGCAGUGGCUCUUACAGCGGCGGCUGUGGCUCGUACGGCGGACAGGGCUGCGGGCAGGUGGGCGUGAACGGCGACAUCCAAGCGUGCGGCAACACCUGCGUUCAGGGAUGCGUGCCCGUGCUCGGCUCCGUCUGCUUCGAUGGCUGCGCGCCCGCCUGCGGCUCCGUCUCCAUCUGCGGACAGUGCUGCGGAUGCGGAUGCCCAGGGGCGGCGGUGGCGGCGCUGGGGUUGCCGAGCUCCUGCGUGAUGGCGACGGCGUCCCCGCAGCCGUACGCCACCGGCGCCGUGCCGUUGGUGUCGAACGUGCCCUCGAACGCCACGGCGCUCAGGUACGGCAGCGCGCCGGACAGCUCCAGCUCGCCGGCCAGCCCCAGGUCCGUGGCCACGGCGAUGCCGGACGGCGUGAUGGGGCCGAGGCUGGUUAUCGCCAGAGCGCCGAGCGCGCAGUACGGCGGCGCGGGCACUGGUCAGGUCAGCGUGUCUGGCGACAUCGACGCGAGCGGCCAGACCGUUGUCGUCGGCUCCGUGCCCGUGCUCGGCACGGUCGACUUCAACGGGACCGUGGCCGCGUCCGGAACUACGCUGACGACUUUGGAGCCAGAGUUGAUGUUGGCGUUGACGCCGGUCGGGUUGCCGAUCUCGUUCGUGAUGGCGAUGCAGUCUCCGCAACCGUACGCCACCGGCGCGGAGCCGCUGGUGUCGAACUGGCCCUGGAACUCCACGGCGCUCAGGUACGGCAGCGCGCCGGACAGGUCCAGGUCGCCGGACAGGCCGAGCUCCGUGGCCACGGCGAUGCCGGACGGGGUGAUAGGGCCGAGCGCGGUGAUGAGCAGGUCGCCGCCGCUGUUGGAGACUUCUACUACAGCAGAAAACACAUUCAAAAUGUCCCGGUUUGCAGUUGUUCUUCUUUGCGUCCAGGCUUUCCUGAUCCAGGCAGCUUUUAGCCAGCAGUGUGGCUGCAUUCAAAACUACGCCCAGUACAGUGCCCCCCUGAGCGCACCCUCCCCCAUUAGUUACGCGUCCUCGUCGUACGGCGGGUCCGGCACCGGACAAGUCGGCGUGUCCGGCAGCAUCGACGCGGACGGUCAGACCGCCGUCGUCGGCUCCGUGCCCGUGCUCGGCGCCGUCGACUUCGGCGGCAAGGUCGCCGCCGCCGGAUCCGUGUCCAUCUCCGGACAGUGCGGAUGCGGAUGCCAGGCUUAAUUUUUUAAUGAUGAUUGCAAGAAGAUUUUUUUAUACUAAUAAAAAGUAAAAAGUUAUUUUA